GAACAAUGCAGUAGCCAAUCAACUCUUCGCUCUUACGGAAAAGUGCUAAGUUGAUUGGCUACUGGAUUGCUUUUGGAUGCGCGGCGAAUUUCCGCGUCCUGUCUGCACGACUCAUUUGCAAGAAUGAAAGGUUAAGAAUACCGUGUCAUUCUUGCCGCACAAAUUAGGAAUCCCUAAUAUUUAUGAAAAAACCGCCAAUGUGACCAUUCUCAGAUUUCUGUCUGAUUAAGUGACGUUUCAAGAACGUAUACAUAUUGAAAUAAUAAAGUCGCAAAUUUUCAUAUCACAUCGUAUUAGUAUAAGGCAUAAGAAUCGAUUUAACAAUGUCAUUAAUAAUAGACACGAUAGUGCAAUGGAAAUCGGCGGACAAAAGUAUCGAGAAAAUCGUACUAAAGCCGGCAAUAUAUACUAAGAAACCAACAGAACGCUCCACGUGUAACAUCCUUGUAGAGAAGCUAGAUGUUAGAAGAGCAUCAAACAAAGAUUUGACAGAAAAAUAUCAUACCAACAUUCUUGAUGGUGAGGGCGAAAAAGUGUUAGUCAUAGGAGAAGCAAGCGCAGAAAUUGAUAGAAAGAUUGAGAAUGCAAUUCAAAUGAUGAAUAUCCAUGAAAGGAGUCUCGUUACCAUCACUAUGCCUGCAAUAGAGUCAGAAGUUAAUAGCGGAUCUAUAAUAGUCGAGUUUCAGAUUACAUUGAUAAAAUGCGAGCGUAACAAACCAAUCUGGGAGUUCAAUGCAGAGGAGAAGUAUAAAAUAGCCCUAAGGUACAAAGAAAGAGGUAUUGAAUUGUUCAAAGACUCAAGAAUUACAGAUGCAUUCUACAAAUUCAGCAGAGCUUGCAAGAUUCUGAUAACAUUAGAGCCAAUACCAGACUUAGAAUUAGACAAGCAAUUAGAAUCCAAUAUUAAUAAUCUGAGAUUUAUGCUAUACAACAACAUGGCUAUGUGUCAUCUGAGUCGAAAGAACUAUAAACACACCAUUACUCUAUGUACUAAAGUACUGGAUAAGGAUAAGAAUAAUGUUAAAGCUUUAUAUAGAAGAGGAGUGGCAUAUGGAAAUAUGAAUAAUAAUGAAAAGGCUGUAGCAGAUAUGAAGGAAGUACUUACCUUAGAGCCUAAUAAUAACGCAGCAAUAGAGCAGUUUAAUAUUUAUAACACCAAAUUACAGGAAUCAAUUCAGAGGAGCAAUGAUAUGGUGAAAAAAAUGUUUAAGACUUAUUAAUAAAUUUUAAAUAUUGUAAGUAUACAUAUUUGUUUGCUAAUCUCAGAAAUAAAGUAUAUUUAUUUCAUAAAUAGAAAAAUAUGUGAGCGUCUUAUUUCUAUUGACAAUAACUUAUAAUUAUCUUAAUAUUUUACAAGUAUGUAAUAGUGUAUUUAUAUGGUGUAAAAAAAUUAAUAACAUUAAACUAAAAAGUGUUAAUUAUAUAACUUUUAUUACAAUAUUAGUAUACAAUGGCUAGAAAACAAAAGUGCAGCAAGUAUAUGUGAUGCACUCUUAAAGUUUUUUUUAUAAUACAGAAUUUUUGAUUGAGGUAAUUUUAUCGAUAGCCGCAAUUAUAAAUUAUUCAAUGAUGUGUUUAUUCUUAACUACAUCAUAACUAUAUAAAAUAUGUAAGAUAUUAUAAGUUUCUUUCAUAUAAAUAUCGGUAUUUGUAAAUGAUUUGGACACUUGAAUGCAGUUAUUUAACUCUAUUAUUAUAUUAUUUUUAAUUAUUUUAUAAAAUUGCACAAGAGCAACUAUUCCAAUACUAAAAUUUCAGUUUAUGUUAAUUGGUGUUAUGUACACUUAUUUUACCUCAGUUUAAAGUAUAAUACUAAAAUAUAUAGAUAUAUAGUGGUUUAAAUACUAAUUGUAGUUGUUUAUUAUAAACUUGGAUUAAUAUGUAUGCUAGAAUUAGUUAUUUAGAUAACUUACAAAAUUAAUAAAAACAAAUUUCUAUAAAAUUAACAAAAUUUAAUAUGUGACACAGAAGCUCUUGACAAUCCAAAAUGAAAUUUAAUGGCACCUUUAUGACCAUACAUCUCUGCAUAAUUUUACUAUUCUACAUACAAUCAUCCUGUAUAAAGCAUAAUGAGAUGAUACACACAAAUAUGAUUAUAUUAAUAAUAUGAUGUUUAUUCAGCUAAAAAAAUAAAUGUGUUAAUUAAGAAUAUUUUUAGAGCUGCCUGUUUGAUGACAUUUAAUAUCUGUUAAUAAAAUUACAAGACAAUUUACAAAAAGAAAACAUUUAAAAAAUUGGAUAUAUUAUGUUGCAUAAAGCAGCAAUUAUGUUUAAUUAAUUAAACGUAAACGAAGUCACAUUUUUCAUGUACGUCUUUGUGAAAUAAAUAUUUCAAGAUUUCAAACACUUAAACAAUUUAUAAUAAUGUUGAAACCAUCAUAUAGUACAAUUCUCACUUUUGCAAUUUCAAAGAAUGUAUAAAUUAUAUAUUUUUCAAAAUAAUAAUAUGUAGAAUAUGUUAGAAUACUUAUAAUAAUAAUCAUUUAAUAUAAAACUUUUUAAAUCCAAUAUUGUCAUUUAUUAAUGAAAUUUGUGUAUUUAGGAAUAGUGUGAAAUUCUAUGCAAGUUAUAAAAAUAAACACUACUCCAUCAAGUAUAUAAUAGAUCGAAUAUAAAGUAUAUUAAUAAUCGCUUGGCAAGAAACUUGUGUAGUGGAGUUUUAAUAUAUGUAUAUGACAGAUUUUAUUACCGAAGUUACUCAUUGAAAAAAAUUCAUGCAAUACAAAGAAAAAGUUAAUUUUUUAUAUACUUGUAAGUCGCUUUUAGAUAAAAAAAAUAUGUGAAUAAUAUCCUAAAUCCAAGUAUAUAAAUAUAAAAUAUGUUAAUAAGAUCUCUCUGAUAGUUUUAUUCAAUGAGCAAUAUAGGCAAUAGAGUCCAGCAUACCUAUGACGCAAAUUUGAGCACUAUUAACACAGUGUGUUGGCAACAUAAGAAUUAUAUCUUAAUCUCUUAAGUAGAUUAAUAUAACAUUGUACAACUACAAAAUGUUGCAUUUAAUAAGAUAUACCAUAGCAAUAUAUAUAUUAUAUGGCGCACAAAAAAUCUACUUCAGAGUAGUAUUUUUAUCACUUUUCCAAGCUAUGUAAAAUGUGAAUAACAUCAUAUAUACAUUCUUUCUUUUAUUAUUAAACAAUAGCUUAGUACAGUAACUGAUGUAGAGAAUUUCUGGCACAAACAAAAAGCAAAAUCUAAUUUAUUUUAGUCCAAACAUAUAAAUAAUAUAAAAUAAUAAGAAUAUAAUUGUGCAAAAACAAAAUCCUGCAUAUAAAAAAAAAUUUGCAAAAUGCACUUUAAAUGUAAUGGAUACAACAGAAAGGUUGCAUGCACUUAGUGAAAAAGAAAACAAAAAUUAGCAUACAUAUAACUUAUUUUCCUAACUGUUUAUAAUA